AUGGAGCCCAGUAUGGAGUACUGCUUAGCGCAGGUGCUGCAGAAGGAUGUUGGAAAGAGACUUCAGGUUGGCCAGGAAUUGAUUGAUUACUUCUCGGAUAAACAGAAGUCAUCUGAUCUUGAACAUGAUCAGACUAUGCUGGAUAAAAUGGUUGACGGACUGGCCACUUCUUGGGUAAAUUCCAGCAAUUAUAAGGUAAGACUUGUGGGUUUUCCUGUCUUAAGCUUACGGAAGAGCAGAUAGGAGGACAGGUUCUGCUUGCAGAUGGGCACUGUGCUGCCAAGUUUGCUUGAUAGGCUGGGAGACUCUAAGGACUCGGUGAGGGAGCAGGAUCAGACCUUGCUGCUAAAAAUCAUGGAACAAGCUGCUAACCCUCAGUACGUGUGGGACAGGAUGCUGGGAGGAUUCAAACACAAGAAUUUCCGGACGAGAGAAGGGAUUUGCCUCUGCCUUAUUGCAACGCUCAAUGCAUCUGGAGCUCAGAGCUUAACACUGAGUAAGAUAGUGCCACAUAUAUGUAACUUACUUGGAGAUCCAAACAGCCAGGUUCGAGAUGCAGCAAUAAACAGCCUUGUGGAAAUUUACAGGCAUGUUGGUGAACGUGUAAGGGCUGAUCUCAGUAAAAAAGGAUUACCCCAAUCUCGGUUGAAUGUAAUUUUUACGAAAUUUGAUGAGGUCCAAAAAUCUGGAAACAUGAUCCAGAGUUCAGGCGAUAAAAUUUUUGACGAUGAAGACUCUGUGGAUGGGAACAGACCUUCCUCAGCUAGCUCCUCUACAUCUUCAAAGGCCCCUGCAAACUCACGCAGAGUUGGGAUGGGAACUACCCGCAGACUUGGAUCUGCAGCUCUGGGCUCCAAGUCUUCAACAGCCAAAGAGGGAGCAGGUGCUGUGGAUGAAGAAGACUUCAUUAAGGCAUUUGAAGAUGUCCCAACAGUUCAGAUUUAUUCCAGCAGGGAUCUUGAGGAAUCCAUAAACAAAAUAAGAGAGAUACUAUCAGAUGAUAAGCAUGACUGGGAGCAGAGAGUUUCUGCGUUGAAAAAGAUCCGCUCCUUACUUUUGGCUGGAGCUGCAGAAUAUGAUAACUUCUUCCAACACUUAAGACUUUUGGAUGGAGCGUUUAAAUUAUCUGCUAAAGACCUGCGGUCUCAAGUAGUACGAGAGGCUUGUAUCACGUUGGGACAUUUGUCAUCAGUUCUGGGAAACAAGUUUGACCAUGGGGCAGAAGCCAUCAUGCCAACAAUUUUUAAUCUAAUUCCGAAUAGUGCCAAAGUCAUGGCCACUUCUGGUGUUGUAGCAGUUAGAUUAAUCAUUCGACAUACACACAUCCCUCGAUUAAUACCCAUCAUAACUAGUAAUUGUACCUCCAAGUCUGUUGCAGUUAGAAGGCGCUGUUUUGAAUUUUUAGACUUGCUGUUGCAGGAAUGGCAAACACACUCCCUAGAAAGACACAUAUCAGUGUUAGCUGAAACAAUAAAGAAGGGAAUUCAUGAUGCAGACUCUGAAGCCAGGAUAGAGGCAAGAAAGUGUUACUGGGGUUUCCACAGUCACUUCAGCAGAGAGGCAGAACAUUUGUACCACACCUUGGAGUCUUCCUACCAGAAGGCCCUGCAGUCGCAUUUGAAGAACUCUGAUAGCAUUGUGUCCUUGCCGCAGUCGGAUCGCUCCUCCUCCAGCUCCCAGGAGAGUCUCAACCGUCCACUGUCUGCCAAAAGAAGUCCUACUGGAAGUACUACAUCUAGAGCAUCUACAGUAAGUACAAAAUCUGUGUCAACACCAGGAUCUCUGCAGCGAUCCCGCAGUGACGUCGAUGUGAAUGCAGCAGCUAGUGCCAAGUCAAAAGUGACGUCUUCUGGAGCAUCUACCCCCUUCAGUUCUGCUGCAGCCUUGCCCCCAGGCUCAUACGCAUCACUAGGUCGGAUUCGUACAAGGAGACAGAGCUCUGGCAGUGCCACAAGCGUCACCUCAACGCCUGCUGAUACCCGAGGCCGCAGCCGGGCUAAAGUAGUUUCCCAGUCCCAGCGAUCCAGAUCAGCUAAUCCUGCUGGUGCUGGUAGCCGGUCUAGUUCUCCGGGUAAGCUGUUAGGAAGCGCCUAUGGUGGCCUGAGCAGUGGAACAUCAAGAGUCCAGCCAGUGCCAUCAUCUUCUGAGAAGCGCAGCAAGAUCCCUCGGAGCCAGGGAUGCAGCCGAGAGACGAGUCCCAGCAGAAUAGGACUAGCACGGAGCAGUCGUAUCCCCCGACCCAGCAUGAGUCAGGGGUGCAGCCGUGAUACCAGCCGUGAGAGCAGUCGAGAUACAAGCCCUGCUCGGGGCUUUCCUCCACUUGACCGGUUUGGACUCGGACAGCCAGGCAGGAUGCCUGCUUCUGUGAAUGCCAUGCGAGUCCUGAGCACAAGCACAGAUCUGGAGGCUGCUGUGGCCGAUGCACUGAAAAAGCCAGUGAGAAGAAGAUAUGAACCCUAUGGGAUGUACUCCGAUGACGAUGCUAACAGCGAUGCUUCAAGCGCUUGCUCAGAGCGCUCCUAUGGUUCCAGGAACGGGGGCAUUCCACACUACCUGCGGCAGACUGAAGAUGUGGCUGAGGUCCUCAACCACUGUGCCAGCUCCAACUGGUCUGAAAGGAAAGAGGGGCUCAUAGGUCUUCAGAACUUACUCAAGAGCCAGCGGACACUGAGCCGAGUCGAGUUAAAAAGGCUAUGUGAAAUAUUUACUCGCAUGUUUGCUGACCCUCACAGCAAGGUAAGAUCACAAAGAGUGUUCAGCAUGUUUCUGGAAACCCUGGUUGAUUUCAUCAUCAUUCAUAAAGAUGACUUGCAGGAUUGGCUUUUUGUUCUCCUGACCCAGCUGCUAAAGAAAAUGGGAGCAGAUUUGCUGGGGUCUGUGCAGGCAAAAGUUCAAAAAGCUCUGGAUGUCACCAGAGAUUCUUUUCCAUUUGAUCAACAAUUUAACAUUUUGAUGAGGUUUAUUGUAGAUCAGACCCAAACACCAAACCUGAAGGUGAAAGUUGCUAUCCUGAAGUAUAUUGAGUCCUUGGCAAGACAGAUGGAUCCAACAGACUUUGUGAACUCCAGUGAGACAAGACUUGCUGUAUCUAGAAUUAUAACUUGGACAACAGAACCGAAGAGCUCAGAUGUGAGAAAGGCAGCACAGAUAGUCCUGAUUUCUCUCUUUGAACUGAACACUCCUGAGUUUACCAUGUUACUUGGUGCCUUGCCAAAAACAUUCCAGGAUGGUGCUACCAAGCUCCUGCACAACCACCUCAAGAACUCCAGUAACACCAGUGUGGGUUCCCCCAGCAAUACCCUUGGUCGGACUCCUUCCCGGCACUCCAGCAGCAGAACCAGCCCCUUAACUUCACCUACCAACUGUUCCCAUGGUGGACUGUCUCCAAGUCGGUUCUGGGGUUGGAGUGCAGAUGGGCUGUCGAAGCACCCCCCUCCCCUUUCUCAGCCUAACUCCAUCCCCACUGCUCCUUCCCACAAGACUUUCAGACGCUCUUACUCUCCCAGUAUGCUGGAUUAUGACACGGAGAACCUAAAUUCUGAUGAAAUCUACAGCUCUCUUCGUGGAGUCACAGAAGCGAUUGAAAAAUUUAGUUUCCGUAGUCAAGAGGACCUGAAUGAGCCCAUCAAACGUGAUGGAAAGAAAGACUGUGACAUUGUGUCUCGAGAUGGUGGCCUCGCUGUGCCUACUGGUGAUGUCCGUGGAAGCAGUGACAUUGUGGAAGGUGGAAGGAUGGCUCUAGAUAAUAAAACUUCCCUACUUAACACCCAGCCUCCCCGUGCCUUUUCAGGGCCACGUGCUCGAGAAUAUAACCCCUAUCCUUAUGCCGACACGAUUAACACUUACGACAAGACUGCCCUAAAGGAAGCAGUGUUUGAUGAUGACAUGGAUCAGCUUCGGGAUGUACCCAUUGACCAUUCAGAUUUGGUGGCUGAUCUUCUGAAGGAGCUCUCCAACCACAAUGAGCGGGUGGAGGAGCGGAAAGGAGCUCUCCUGGAACUGCUAAAGAUCACAAGGGAAGAUAAUCUCGGAGUUUGGGAGGAACAUUUCAAAACCAUUCUGCUCUUGCUGCUGGAAACACUUGGAGACAAAGAUCAUUCAAUAAGAGCCCUGGCGCUGCGAGUCCUGAGAGAGAUCUUACGGAACCAGCCAGCAAGGUUUAAGAACUAUGCGGAGCUGACUAUCAUGAAAACACUGGAAGCACAUAAGGAUUCCCACAAGGAGGUCGUCAGAGCUGCUGAAGAAGCUGCUUCCACCCUGGCGAGUUCCAUCCACCCCGAGCAAUGCAUCAAGGUGCUUUGCCCCAUCAUUCAGACUGCAGACUAUCCAAUUAACUUAGCUGCCAUCAAAAUGCAGACAAAAGUCAUCGAGAGGAUUUCCAAGGAAUCGUUGCAUCAGCUCCUUCCCGAUAUCAUCCCUGGGUUGUUGCAGGGUUACGACAAUACGGAGAGCAGCGUCCGUAAAGCUAGUGUAUUUUGCCUGGUGGCGAUUUAUUCAGUAAUUGGAGAAGAACUGAAACCUCAUCUCGCACAACUGACGGGAAGCAAGAUGAAGCUACUAAACUUGUACAUAAAGAGGGCCCAGACCACCAACAGCAACAGCAGUUCCUCUUCAGAUGUUUCAACGCACAGUUAAUGGAGAGAUGUGGACAUGUGUAGACUUAGAAGCAAUCAACGGUGCCUCUCGGAGACCUUUCUGCUACUCUUCACUGGCGCGCUCCAUCAGCUCAAGGAGGCCACGCAGAUAUUUAUUGCAAUCAGCAUUUUAGUCCCUUAACAGCUUUUAUGUAGAAUCUUACUGGUAUUGAAUGUAAAGGAAGCAAGGUCUGUGUUGCAGUCUUCAUUGAAAGUGAACAACAGAAAGCCAUACUUAAACAUAGUUGUAUAGCCUGC